AUGUCAAAUUUCAUUUUUCAAGAUAUACAUAAAGAACGAGAGCUCUUAAUUUUUCAUUCGUCUCAACUAGUCUUUAAGAAUGCACUAGUUCCGUACAGGCACUGUUUAGCUGAACCAACCCCUUCUGAAAAAUUGCAACAGGACACACUAUUUCAAAUCGUAGAUGUACGUGAUACUUCUGUUUCCGUGUUAUCACUUAUUGAAGACUUAACAGUGAUAGUUAAUGCUAAUGAAAGCUUUCAAGACCACUCAAAAUUUGCAACAAAGGCACCAAGGGUUCCCAGAGUUGCUGUAACAGAAGUUGAUGUCAAUGAAACAGAAGACGAUUCUCUGAUGAACGAUGACAGUGCAGUAUCAUCAAAUCAUAUAUACAGGCUAACUUUACAGGAUUGUUUUGGAAAUACAUGCUAUGCGUAUGAGAAUGAACCUCUGGGAUUCUUACGAGGAGAAAGAUCCAAAGGUAUCUUUCGUGUUCAGUUGGGAUCCAAAUUGUUUGUCCGGAAGAAUGCAAGGGUCAGUUUUAACGCUUUGCACUUGAAGAACGAAGAUGUAAAGUUUUUGAACGGUUUCAUUAAAGAGUUGAAUUAUAAACUUUAUGAACGAAAAUUAAAAGAACUGAAAGAAGAAAUAAACUAUGAAGGUUGA